AUAUUUGUCCUUCAUAUUUAUCUGCGACUUGGAGGCUAGGGUUUCCGGAUUCUUGCGUUUUAAUCUUUGCAAUUCAAAAGCAUGGGGCACUCCAAUGUGUGGAACUCUCAUCCAAAGAACUACGGACCUGGUUCUCGCACCUGCCGUGUGUGUGGGAAUCCUCAUGGAUUGAUCAGGAAGUAUGGGCUUAUGUGUUGCAGGCAGUGCUUCCGUAGCAAUGCCAAGGAAAUUGGCUUCAUUAAGUAUCGCUGAAGGAUUAGUGUCCAACUGCCCCACUCGGUUUGGAUUCUUGCAUUAGGCUGGGUUGAUUUUACUGUCUGAAGAACCUAUAAGAAUUUUUGUGACAUUUAGUGAAGUUAAUUAUCAAAACUCAAUUUGUGGAACUAAGAAUAUUUUUGUUUUUUAUAUAAUUGUUUUGAGCUAUCUACAUCUUUCUCCGUGAGCCAUCAUUCUGCAGUUCUUUUCCUUGUGUAUGCUCUCUCACUUUGACCAUGAUGGGAAAGCCAUCAUCGACUCGACUCCAUACAAUGCUAUACUUUUAAAUGUUAGGUCU